UUUCUGACCUACUUAAAGAGGCUGAUGUCGUCCGUUACGACAUUCACCUCGUCACUUCAUUGUCGUUCACAGUCCCUAGGGCCGACCUGGAUCCGGAUAUCCUGCAUUACAUUCCACGCUGACUCGGCAACUUUUUAGUAUAUAAAGAGACUACUACGAACCGGGGAUAGGUAAAACUUGUAUACCUUGAAGAAGCUGCUCAAAAAGAAGAAAACAUGGGUUUGCUGGAGUUGGAUAACGAAGUAUUUGCUGGGUUUGCCUUCUACGCAGCACUAUGCCUGCUCAAAAUGAUGGCGAUGUCUCUGCUGACGGUCAGGAAUAGGAUAUCUAAGGACGUGUAUGCAAACCCAGAAGACUUGAAAUUAUCAGAGAAAAAGGAUUUGAAAACAAACCUAAAUGACCCGGAUGUCGAACGUGUCAGAAGAAACCAUCUCAAUGACAUCGAGAAUAUCAUUCCAUUCGUUUUGGCCGGAGUCCUCUACGUGCUGAUCAAGCCAAACCCCUGGGUAGCACUGAUGCAUUUCCGUACAUUCGCCUUUGCCCGAUUUGCCCAUACAGUCGUGUAUCAAUUCGCUGCCCCGCCUCCGUCACGCUCAUUGUGUUUUCUGAUUGGUUACUUCACCACUAUCUCCAUGGCUAUACAAGUUGUUAUGGCGACGUUUUAAAUCACUAGGGAGUGACCAAAGACAAGUUUUUUUUCUUUUUGAAAGAAAGAGCAGUGUCCGAUUAAUGAGUUAUCUUUGGAGAUGAAGCGUUUUGAAAAAAAAGGAUGGCAAAGCAGUUUGAAGGACAUGGCACCUCAUUUCUGAGUAAUAUUUUUUUAUUGUUUUUCAAGUGUAGCUAUUAACUAAAGAUAUUUCAGAAAAAAAA